GGGAGCUCUGUGCGCCACGGCGGCUCCGCUCGGCUCCGAUCAGUCCGGCUCUGCGCUCCGGGAUGUCGGCCGUCAAGGCUCUGCAGCAGUGGUGCCGGGUCCAGUGUGAAGGAUACCGGGAUGUGUCCAUCACCAACAUGACCACGUCCUUCAGGGACGGCCUGGCUUUCUGCGCCCUCAUCCACAAGCACAGAUCCGAUCUCAUCAAUUUUGAUUCUCUGAAGAAGGAAAAUGUCUACGAGAACAACAAGCUGGCGUUCAGUGUUGCAGAGGAGCAACUGGGAAUUCCAGCGCUGUUGGAUGCAGAGGACAUGGUGGCUCUUAAGGUUCCAGACCGCCUCAGCAUCCUGACGUAUGUCUCGCAGUACUACAACUACUUCCAUGGACGCUCCCCGAUUGGAGGUAUGGGAGGUAUAAAGCGUCCAGCCGACGCUCCCACCGAUGAGCCGUCUGGGAAGAAGAACCAGGCGGUGACGGCUAAGGUGUUCCCCUCUUCUAAGCCCGCCAGAGAGAACAGCCCUCCCCCCUCCUCCAACAUCACAAGGCCCGCUCCUUCCCCAAAACAAACCCGAAGUACAACAAAGGAUGUUCUGGUGGAUAAAUCCCACCAGGCCGGCACGCUGAGUAACAAAUGUGUGUUCUGUAACAAGCAUGUUCACCUGGUGCAGCGACAUCUAGUGGACGGGAAGCUCUAUCACAGGAGCUGUGCAAAGUCACUGUCACCUGCAAAUGCACCUCUUUGGAGUUUACCCACAAACACCCCUGUUUCCAAAUUCACUCCUCCACCAGACUCCAGUAAAACCAGUACACCUGCUCCAGCUCAUACACCCUCCAGACUGGGACCGUCAUGGCUGACAGACAAGCCCAGCUCUCCUCCCAGCGUCUCCAGCACUUUUUCUACUUCGUCUCCUUCCCGAUCUGCAUCAGGUCUCUCUCCCGCUGCUAAAGAAAGUCCGACAGCCGUGGUGUCCAAACCCGCAGCUUCUCAUGACGUCACUACGACCACCUCCAUCAGCAGCAGGCCCACUCCUACCCCUCGAACCUCCACCACUGCCGCCAAGACACACCAGUCCAAGCUCAAGUUCCUCCAGUCAGACAACACCACUAACAAGGAAGAGAAAAAGACCUCAAGCGUCAACAUGGACAUAAAUAAAGGUCAGAGUGCGGGUGCUAAGACACAGGAUGCCAAAGCAGGAAAGGCUGUUACUGUGGUUGUAAAUGUUGGUGCCACUGGGAAAAAAGAGGUAAAUGUGAGCUCGGAUAAAGGCGGGGAUAAAGCUAAAGCAAGUAAUGUUGGUGGGAAGCUGAGUUCAAAACAAGAAGACAGUGAGAGCAACAAGGAAAAAGCAUCAGCAGCGGCCUUCAUCUCCAAGAAACUGGCUGAGGAGAACAACAAUAACAACAGUAAGCCAUCGUGGUCGACUGUAGCUCUGAAGAAAGUUGAAAAGCCUCAGGCUCCAGUGGAGACGCCUAAGAGGGAGACGGAGGGUGUCAGAGGGAGGGUGAGGCUGAAAGCAGAUCGGUCAAUCCUCGAUGACUUGGGUUCUCUAGACCCGCCGAAACCUGCUCCCAGUCCGGCCAGCAAGGGUGGACUCAGAACCAGGACUCCAGAUAGAGGAGAAUCAAAGCCUUCCAGUACAUCACCCAACACCUCAGCAUCAGAAAAUGAGUCUCCUGCAGACUGGAGGUCGAUGCUCAAGCCUGUCUCCAAAGCAUCCAAACCUGCUGGUCCUUCACAGUCGUCCACUAAACCAUGUCCUAAUGGAGCUGGAAAGACUUCAGAGCUCUCUGUUGGGCCUUCAUCGUCCUCCUCUCAUCUUCCCACCCCAAGCAUUUGUGUCACUCCAGCAGCAUCAAAGGGAGUUCAAAAUGGUCAGAAAGAACAACCUGCAAACGGUAUCAAGUCAGAGCUGAAGCCUUCCAAGACGAAGCCAGACUACAUUCCCAAAGAGGACAUCAUAAAGGAGCUUAAGGACAUUGAAGAUAACUUGAACGAGCUGGAGAAGAGAGGAGUCGAGCUGGAGGUGAAGCUGCGCCGCAGCGAGGAAGAGGGUGACGAUGACUCUCUCAUGGAUGAGCUCAUGGUUGAGUGGUUCAACUUGAUCAGGAACAAGCAGGUGGCCAUACGCCGGGAGUCUGAACUGGUCUACGUUGGAAGAACUCAGGACCUGGAGGAACAGCAGCCCAGUGUUGAGCAGGAGCUCAGGAGACUGAUGGAGAAACCAGAACAUCUGAAAACAGCCUGGGACAAAAAGAAAGAAAAGCAGCUGAUGGACAAACUGGUGGAGAUUGUCAACGACAGAAACGCUAUUAUAGACGGCCUGGACGAGGACAGACUCAGGGAGGAAGAGGAGGACGAGCAGCUAAACAAGAUGAUGAUGAAUUUCAACAUCAAAAAGGACAAACCAAAGAAAAAGUCUCCGAUGUCCAAACUCUUCGGCUGGGGAGGCAAGAAGGAAGGAUGAUGCUCGGCGAAACACACGCCGCCGUUUCUUGUCUUUGAUGUUUCUGCUGCUUAACGUCAGUGUGCUCAGCCUGUGAUUCAUGGGAUAACAUGGGUGCUGCUUGUACAUGUGUGGUCUGUCAUCCUCAGCACUUCUUGAAAAAUGCCCUUCCCUCUGUCGACUGCGUCACUCAAGAUCUGACGUUACUCUUGCCUGCCGGCGUAAAAAACAACCCCACACACACACACACACACACAGGAUGUUGAGGGGUUAAUGACUCACCAGUCGUGAUGUGAUUGGGUUCAGUGCUCCAGUUGUUAGUUUUAAUCCCCUUCUAGUCUUAAUCUGUCGACUUAACGCUCACACACACACACUCUUGCUGUCUCCUUACAUCGUCUUACUUGCGCAACUCAUUGAAAUGUUGGUUGUGUACAGUAAGACUGAUGCUAAUAGGCGUUAAAGAGCGAGAUUCAUUACAGAGGUCAGACAGCUGUCUCCUGCUCAUGUGUUCGUUCAGACUACAAACCACUUGUGACCGAACUGUCAGCAACAUCAGGGUCAGCGUCUGUGUGACCUCCUCCUCGUUGUUGUUGUUGUUGUGCAUUUAUCUUCCAGCUACUUUCUACUGUACAGAGUAAACGCAGCAUUCAGAUGUUUUUCUUGGACAAUAAGUCGGCGCACUGCCCCUCUUUACUGUAUAUAAUGGCAUCUGGUAGACUAGUGGUUCCUAUCAAAGGUCAUCAGAUGGCUGAGCACAUUUCUACUCAACAAAAAAAUGCUUUUUUUCCCCCCAGAAUUGUUUUCGUCUUAAAUGAGAAAUAAGAGCCAUACGAGAAACAAACACUAUUUGGGGGAGCUCUCAUAACCUGUACAUAACUAUGCAGUCUGUGAUAAAGGCUGCUUGUAGCUUUCUUACUAAAAAUCAGUGAGAUUUAUAUAUUUCAUGAGCUUUCCAGCUACCCUUACAAUAAUUCCAUUGAUUUUCGAUGCUAACGGCCUGAUAUUCUGGUCUUUCUUCCUCCUGUGGAUUUGUUUUUUUUUUAGCUUUCUAUUCAAUGGAUUUCAAGAGAAUGUUUGAUUUUUAUUUUUUUUUUGUGGCAGACUGGAGGAAAAGAAUGAAUCUGCUUUGUGUCAUGUGACUCUUAAGUCUCAGUGUUUGGUUGACUUGCUGCUUGUGUUGGGAAUGCUAAUAGUGGUCCACAUUGGACCUGGAUUUGUACUUGUUUUUUAUAAUUUCUCAGCUGAUUUAACUGAAUAGUGUUUGUCAUAAUUAGAUAUUAUAUGUGUUCAAGAGGCACUGAGGCAACUUUUGUGUGCUGUGACCAAACUGCUCACUUUUAACAGAACUCGUAGAUAAAUUUGACGUGUAUAAAUGUUCUCAUCCCCUCUGUGGUACUUAACAGUCUGACUCUUAAAUGGAGAAACUGUCCUGGAUUUUAGAUAAAUAACUGUAGUAAAUUUAUUGAGUUCUAAUAAAAAGAUGGCAACAAA